AACGUAAUCCCAGCGUUUGGUUGUUUCCGUCGAAGAAUGUCUGCCUCCGUGUUACUCUUCGCUCCCGUUCUCCUCCUCGUAGCAGGUUGCUACGCCGAUCCUCACGUCGCUGUGCACGGCGUACUGAGCCACGCUGCUGGUCACCACUCGGUGGAAAAGCGCCAGGCCGUCGCCGACCUGGGGCCCGAAAAGAUCCAGUGUGUAAGCAACAAAGUGAACGAAGCGUUCGGCGACGGCUCCGAGGAGGCUUCCCGGUGCCAGAAGGCGGCCGACGACGAUUUUAUGGGCGACAACAACGCGCUGCAAGCAACCAUCAACGACGGGUUCGAAAUUUUCUGUGCUCCAGAAUGUGGGACAGUAGUUCUCAACGCUCACAAAGAGUGUGGAACUUUCGAUAUGAUGAGUGGAGCUACGGACUUUCUCGUCGGAUUGUGCGCCACAAACAAGAACGGAGGAAAGUGUACGCCAGCGCCCUUGGUCUCUUCGUCACUACAGAAGCACCCUGCUAUUACUCGGUCUUUGCGGGGACACAAACGUGUGACACAAACUGUCAAUCUAAGCUACAGUCAGCAGCUACAAACCAGGGUUGCUGUAUGAACGUCUACCACGACUUUUUCGCCAGUGUUGCUAACCUCAACUUCACUGCGCUGUAGCUACUCUACGUGCAAAGUUGACGGUUCCCCUCAACUGCAACAACAGCCCUUUGAAGAAUAAUACUGGCCAGUUGUUUGACAAUGAAUCACGCCAUAUAAGGACAUAAAACAUUUCAUUACUGUGUAUGCCUUGCCGUGGCCAAGCACAUUUUAAUUAAGCAUAAGCAUUGGGG